UUUACGAGCAAUGAAGUUUGAAGCACAGUGGGGGAAAAAACACGUGAUUCAGUAAAAUUCGGACCAGCCUAUUUUUCUGCUCAACGUUCAGGACCCGGGUUGUGGGAGAGGAGACCGUUCGAGGAGGUAAAGUCCAGCAACGCCAUGGACCACAGCUAUGCUUUUCAUCCGGUAAAAGUAGCUAAAGUUGACUUGGCUCUUGAAAACAAGUCCCUCAAAGCUGAGGUUGAGCACCUGAAAAGACUGAUCGAGAAGCUCCAUAUGACGGAGCGGUUUGGCAUCCAAAGGUUUGCUUCCUCGGACAAAGACAUCCGCUUUUUUACCAGGUUUGCAUCCUAUGACCUUCUCAUGAGCUUCUGGGCCUUUAUAGAGCCUUCACUUCCAUUUAUGACUGAUGUGAAACAGGCACAGAGAGACACCUUUGCAGAGCCCAUCACCCUAGAAGCUCACUCUCUGCAGCCCAUAGAUGAGCUGUUCAUGUUUCUGAACUAUCUUGCACUGGGUUCAAAACAGUGCGACCUGGCUCAUCGGUUUGAUGUCCAGCUGUCCACCGUCAGUUGGAUUAUUACAACGUGGAGCAACUUUCUGUACAUUGUGCUUGGGUCAGUGAGGAUCUGGAUGCCAGAGGAGGAAAUACUGGAACAUCUGCCAGCAGAGUUUAAGGACUAUGAAAACACUACAGUCAUCCUGGACUGUGCAAAGCUGAGGUGCCAGUGCCCAUCAUCUCCUCUUUUCCAGAGAGCAGUGUCUCCUACCAGCAAGUCCCAGUGCACUCUCAAAGGGCUGUUUGGAGUUGCACCUCACGGGGCGGUCACCUUCAUCUCUCCGCUGUAUGCUGGAUCAAUCAGUAACAAACAGAUAAUUCGAGAGUCUGGAAUUCUCUCCCUUUUGAGACCUGGGAUGGCCAUCAUGGUCAAUAAAGGUCUUCUUGUUGAUGACAAUGAGCUGAAAAACAUCUACAGGCCUUCGGAUUUCCCCAACAAAUCAUGGACCAAUGCUUCUCUCAGGGUGCUCAUGACGCGCCUCACCCAACGAGUGAAGGAUCACAAGUUCUUUGACUCUGAAAUUCCACCCUGGCUUUUAGGGAACAUUAAUCAGCUGUAUAGUGUUGCAUGUCUCCUGACGAACUAUGAAAAUGGACCUCUUUUAAAUGCUUACAGGUCAAAGGAGACCAAGUAGAUUCAGUAUCAGCCGACAACUCAUUGAUGAAGGUUAAUAAAUAUCCGGUUUGGUGGACGACGUGAUGGGACUGUCAGCACAUCAGCAUCCUGUGACAGAGAACAGCCUCGGCAGAAACACACAAACAAACGCAGGCACUGAAGCGCACACACACAUCAUGUCUGAGUGCUCGAGUGUGAGCUCUCUGUCUUGGAAACACCAACAUUACAUUUCCCUACUCUAGAUAAAGGACGAAAAAGAACAGGGAAGUAAACUUGUCCUCCACCAAGAACAGUUAUUCCAACCUCACGAAGUAUCGAGUUUAACAACACUCUUCAGCUAAACUAGUUUCCUGAGAGCUGGACGCCACAAACACCGCUAACCUAGGUACAGCUUACGUUAACCCAACAGACCAAGGACGAGCCACUCCAUGUAAACAACCAGGGCUGGAUUUUACAUCCCUACCAGCUGCACAGUGUGUCACUGAGGAAGCACUAAACAGGCUGAUAGCAAGGUAUGUUGUUGGAGACAUGCUUCUGAUAUAAGCUGUAGAGUCUGCUGCCCUCAGAGAAAUAAUGAGAAAAAAAUCAAAUAAGACGAGAGAUAGGACGUCGUGCAUAAAGACAUUUAGAGAGCAGCUGGGAUUUAAUCUGCACUCUGUCAAUAGAGUACAGCUAUUUUAGACUUCUUAAACCAGUGAUAACGCCUGGCUCUAGAGCCUCAUGAGGCUUUUUUGUGAUGAUCUGUGGCUCUUUUAUGGCUGAAUAUGAAUAUUAUCCCCCAGAAAACCUAAAAGGGAAACUUUUACCUCAGAAAUUAGCCAUGCAAGUCACAUUAAUCAGUUCCUUUCCCACACAUACAGUAAGAUUUAAUUUUUCAACUUAAUUGUCAACCUUUAUUUUUUUUUUGUCUAUUUAAUUCCAGUGCACUUAUUUGCAAUUUUUGCCACUUCUUAGCCACUUUUAAACAAUUUU